GAAAACUUGCACGGUAAGGGACGCUUUGGAGGAGAAAGGCAAGGCGGACUGCGAGCUAAACACAAUGGCGACGACGGCGACAGCGGCAGGCGGGACGGGCUCAGGCGGAUCAGCCUCGGGGCCUGCUGGUGGUGGAAGCUCAGUAGCACGAAAGAAAGACGGCGGCCCUUCUACGAAAUUUUGGGAAAGUUCAGAAACUAUUUCUCAGCUGGAGACAGUGCGACUCUGGAUCGGAAAGCACUACAAGAAGUAUGUCCAAAAUGACUCCCCAUCUAGUAAAUCCCUGGCUGGCCUGGUUGUCCAACUGCUUCAGUUUCAAGAGGAUGCAUUUGGACGCAGGGUCAACAAUCCUCCACUUACCAAGCUACCUGCCAAGUGUUUUCUUGAUUUCAAGGCUGGAGGUACUCUCUGUCACAUCUUGGGAUCAGUCUACAAAUACAAAAGUGAACAGGGCUGGAGGAGAUUCGACCUGCAGAAUCCGUCACGGAUGGACCGAAAUGUGGAAAUGUUCUUAAAUGUUGAAAAACACCUUGUCCAGAAUAACUGCCUGGCUCGGCCCCUCGUCUACCUGUCGCCAGAUAUUGAGCAAAAACAAGCCAGCAAGCUGAAAGAGAUCAUUAAAAGGCACCAGGGUUCAGUCACUGAGGACAAGUCAAAAGCAACUCAUCACAUUUACCCUUCUCUCACACAGCAGGAUGAAGAGGAGUGGCUGCGUCCUGUCAUGAGGAAGGACAAGCAGGUUCUCGUUCAUUGGGGUUUCUACCCAGACAGCUACGACACCUGGGUAUCAGCCGGUGAGGUGGAUGGAGAUGUGGAAGAUCCUCCCAGCAAUGAAAAACCAUGGAAGGUUCAUGCUAAGUGGGUUUUAGAUACAGAUGCCUUCAAUGAGUGGAUGAAUGAGGAGGACUAUGAGGUGGACGAGAACAAAAAGCCGGUCAGCUUCCGACAGAGGAUCUUCCCCAAAGAGGAAGAGUCUUCCCGUACACCUGAUCGAAAGGAGCGCAAGGCAAACUCUGCUGGCAAGAAGAGGAGACGCUCACCCUCGCCGCCCAGCACUCCAGCUGAGUCCCGUAAAAAAGGAGGAAAGAAGGGGAACCCAGGGCCUCAUUGGAAGCGAAGGGGACACAAAGGAGAGGAAGAGGACACAGAGGAGGACAUGACUAAAGACCUGGAUGACUCCUCUGCCGGUGCCAGCAUGGAGGAUGGCUGUGUGUCCAAGAAUGCUAAUUCAAAAAAAGACAGUGAAAAUACUCCAGUCAAGGGAGGGAAUAUGGCAGAUUUGGAUGACAUGGAAGAUGAUUCUGUGCUCUCCGGAGGAAAGGACGAUGAUGAGCAAGGCAAGGGAGAAGUCAAUCGGAUGGAUGCUGGCGAAGACAAUGUAACUGAACAGACGCAUCACAUCAUCAUUCCCAGCUACUCUGCCUGGUUCGACUACAACAGCAUCCACGAGAUCGAACGAAGAGCCCUUCCAGAGUUCUUUAAUGGAAAGAAUAAGUCCAAAACUCCAGAAAUAUACCUGGCCUAUCGUAACUUCAUGAUUGACACGUAUCGGCUGAACCCUCAAGAAUACCUGACCUCCACCUCCUGUCGCAGAAACCUGACCGGCGAUGUCUGUGCCAUCAUGAGAGUCCAUGCCUUCCUGGAGCAGUGGGGUUUAGUAAAUUACCAGGUGGAUGCUGAAAGUCGCCCCCUGCCCAUGGGCCCCCCUCCUACACCUCAUUUCACCGUGCUGGCUGACACACCCUCUGGACUCAUGCCCCUCAACCACCGACCACCACCUAUUCCUCCUCCACAGCCAAUGCCUAACUUUGCAGAUAAGGCCAAAGACAAACCAAUUGACCUGCAGAACUUUGGCCUCCGGCCCGACCUCUACAAGAAAAACGCCAAGCAGGGAAAAGGUGCCACUACCACCAGAGAAUGGACUGAGCAAGAGACUCUACUGCUGCUUGAGGCCCUGGAGAUGUACAAAGACGACUGGAACAAAGUUUCAGAACAUGUUGGUUCACGCACCCAAGAUGAAUGUAUCCUGCACUUCCUGCGGCUGCCCAUAGAAGAUCCAUAUCUCGAGAGCACAGAAACGUCCCUGGGUCCUUUGGCCUACCAGCCUAUUCCCUUCAGCCAGUCUGGAAACCCUGUGAUGAGCACAGUAGCCUUCCUGGCUUCUGUUGUGGAUCCCAGGGUGGCAUCUGCUGCAGCCAAAGCAGCUCUAGAAGAGUUCUCUCGUGUGCGUGAGGAAGUUCCAGCAGAGUUGGUUGAAGCUCAUGUCAAAAAGGUGCAGGAGGCAGCAAGGAACACAGGCAAAGUAGAUCCUACCUUCGGAUUGGAGAGCAGCGGGAUUGCCGGAACAGCCCCUGAGGAGCCAGAAAAAACAGAAACCCCAGAACCAGAAAAGAUGGAAACAGAUUCAGACUCCCAGCAGGCUGACAAGGCUGAGCUGAAAGAUGAGGCAGAAAAGCCCAGUGAGUCUGCAGAGAAAAGCGACAAGACAGAGACCACAGAAAAGGUGAAAAAGGAGGGAACAGAGGCCUCAGAGCAUGAACAGGAGAAAGACGAGGAAGGGGAGGCCAAGACAGCUUCAGCAGAUAAAGAUAAGGAUGAAGGUAUGGACACCUCACCUUCAGAGCAGGAGAAAGAUAAGGAGGAAAAGGCAGCCAGCGAGGAGGGAGAUGAAAAGCAGAAGAAGUUGGAACACGACAUUGGGGAGGGUAACAUCGCCACAGCAGCCGCUGCUGCUCUGGCUUCUGCUGCCACCAAGGCCAAGCACUUGGCAGCGGUUGAGGAAAGGAAAAUUAAAUCUCUGGUUGCCCUGUUGGUGGAAACUCAGAUGAAGAAGCUGGAAAUCAAGCUGAGGCACUUUGAAGAGCUUGAGACCAUCAUGGACCGAGAGAAAGAAGCUCUGGAACUUCAGAGGCAGCAGCUCCUCACCGAACGACAGGCCUUCCACAUGGAGCAGCUGAAAUAUGCCGAGAUGAAGGCAAGACAGCAGAUGGAGCAGCAAGCUGCUGCUGCUGCAGCCGCUCAGGCACAAGGACAGGGCUCUGGAUCAGGACCCCAUCCUGCUGCCGGGCCCCACCCUGGUCCCCCUCCUCACAGCAUGCACCAUGGCGGGCCCCCACCCCACCACGUAGGGCCUCCUACCCCCCACCAUGGAGGACCCCAGCAACCCCAUGGAGGACCUCCCCCCCACCAUGGAGGACCAUCGCCGGGAGCUGCAAUGCAUCCAGGAUUUCCCCCAAUGGGCCACCAUCCCAUGGCCCCCCACCACCCAGGACAGACAGGACCAAUGGAACCGGGCCAGCCGAUGCCGGCACGUAUGCUGUCCGGUCCGCCCUCUGCCGGCCCACCCGCAGGCGGCAUGCCACCCAUGAUGCCCCCACGCCACCCCGGAGCCCCCAAUGGCAUGUAUCCUGGCCCUCCACCUGCACAGCCUGAGGCCAUGCCUGUGGCUCCCGUUGCUCCUCCCGCGCCUCCAACUGGACGAGUGUCUGAAAACUAAGACAAACAAACAGAAGAAGCACACGUGCAUAAAGCUAAAACUCUGUCUCUGACCUUUGCUUGUCGCUAAGUUUUUCUCCCUCACAUUCAAGCAACCAUAAACUUUCUCCCUCAGACACACAGUCCCACAGUCUGGGCUCCUUGGCAAAAAGGACCCAACUUUACAAACACAUGCAGACUUCCUCUCAGGGCACAGCGGCGAGGUUCAUCUAGUAAUAAACACUGUUUUACACUCUGAGCAAAAGCGAGGCUGGAGACAACGAUCCUGUGAAUAGAAAAACCAAACAAGGAGACAGAAAAUAUUUUUGAAAAAUCCUCCUUCUCUGGUGAUUAUUUUCUUUCUUCUAAUGACACUGUAACCCUUUCCAGAGUAACAAAGGAAACAGGAAAAAACUCACCUGUAGCCCUCUUUUACCAAUAAAUAUAAAUCCUAAGGGGGGUGCUUGUAAGAACUGGCAUCCAGUCUGUGUGCCGAGUAGCCUGAGCUGUGAGAUGUGAGGCAGUCACACGAUUCAGAGGAUGCUGUGAUUAAAAACCCAAUGGAUCCAUCCCACCCUCACUCCUGCUGAGUACCUACCUCUCGCUCCUCUUUUAAUGAUACACUGUAGCUCUGUCUGUGAAGACAGAGGGAGGUUUGACUGUAGUCUGUAGUUACAGAAACUAAAAAUAUAAAAAGUUACCUGUAAAUUAAUUGCCUUCAGGCAAAACCCUGAUAGGUCAAACGUUGCUGGAAAGACUGUUAUGUUUCUUAUCAGGUGUGUCCAACAUUCUUUAACCCAAGCAAAGCCUGUAGAUGUAACAAGCUGGCCCUAAAUCACUUUGUGUUCCAAAUUAAAGGAAAUUUCAGAAAAUUAUGCAAUAAUUUUUGAGAUGAAUCAGUGUCUGCAAAGUUUCCUCGAUCAUUUUUUUUCAUGAGGUAAGGUGGCAGCGUUCUUCCUUUUAAGUAAAAGGAAAACCUGCAUCGCUGCUCUGACCUUUCGAGAAAACUUUCACAAAUUUGGUCAUUGAGUUAAUUGAAUUUAUGGUUCAGUUUUUAAGCUAAUCCAAGUUGCAUAAUGACCUCAUGUAGGGUUAAAUUCAACUAGCAGCAUUAACACUAUUUAAAUUUAUAAAAGUUAGAGCAAACAACUGAAAUUAUUGUUUUUCCGUUUCCUUAAAUAUAAGAUUUCAUGUUUGAGACCGGAUUAGGCCACCAAAGGAUUGGCAGAUGGUAAACAUUCCUCCCUCUGUCUCAGCAUCCAGAGCGCUGCAACACACACACAGAAAUGUAAGCUAAGCUCAGGCAAACACUGGAGGCUGCAUGCACACAUGCACACACACAUCCUGGUUAAACCUGGCACUGACCCUCACACACACACCCACACACACGUCAAUCCUCUGAUGACCUUUACACAGUGAGAGACGCUGCGUUUCUGCUCGAACCAGACCAAGCUCUUCCUCAGCUCUGCGGGAGUUCCGUUCGCUCUUUAGGUGCUGAUACUGUAGCUAUCAACUCCCUCUUCCUCACUUUCCUCACG